AUGGAAGAGGGUCACGCUUGGUUUUUAAUUAUUAAUAUAUAUGGGUUGAAAAACGAUUUGACGAAGGUGCUCCCCUAUAAUUUUGAUCAUAAUAAAACUAAAUUUGAAAAUAUUGUUGAAAAACUAACUCUGCAUGAUAAAGUACACAAUGUUGAGUGA